UAGUCGUAAGAAAUUAAUUAGUUUUAAUAAUUGAAAAAAGUUCAAUUGUUUUUUUUUCAAAGAAAGAAGUUCAAUUAUUAAUCUUAUAUCAUUUAUCAAUAUCGGUUUAAGAGCGAUUUAGUAUUGCAAUCCUUGGACUUGGUGUACCAUUGUUGAUCAGUGGCAUCCUCGUCAGCAUCUUACUAAUGUAAAUGAAGGAAUAUCUAACGACGAUAAAGUUUUUAAUAAAAGUGGCUAAAUUUGUCAAAAAUGUUUCUAAAAUCUGAACAUUUUGUGUAUCUCUAAGAAGUUGACUAUUAUUAUUAUUUUGUUGAUAAUUAUAACUAUACAAGUGGAUUUUGCAUCUAACAAACAAACAACAAACUUUUAAAAUCCACAACCGAACAAAUCCAUCAUAAAUUCUUAAUUUUUCAAAACCUUCAUUUUAACCAAAUCCCUCACUUUUCAAAUCCAAGACCUGAGUAGGAUUUUUACUGUUGACAGAAUGCUCAACUAACAUUAUAACUGUAAAAAAUUUUACUCAUGAAUUAUUCAGGUGAGUGCCUAAUGGGGUAAACUGAUGAAGAGGUCACUUUGUUUUCACACUACUUUUUGACUUACCUUAUGUGAAUGUACAGAAGAUAGAAAAAGGCAGAGGAGAAGAAGAAAAGGAAGGAAGAAAUAAUUGCAGAAGCAGAAUCAUUAUGCAUACCAUUAGAAUGCAUCAUUAGCCAAGAUCAUGCGUACAAAUUGCUACAUUACUGCCUAAGGAAACACUUUGGACCAAAUUUCUUUUCCUAUCUACUUCCCUACACCCUCCAUGCUCAAUCAUUAACCACACCAGAGUAGGCCACAGCAUCUGUUCCAAAAGUCUAACCCAUUUGUCUUCUUAAGCAACAACAAUAACCAUUAAGAUGAACAAGAAGAAGAAAAAAACAUACAUAUCUCAAGAGAUCAUGGCACUUCAGCAACACAUUGCAGCUUAUGGUGACAAGCUUCUUGCAGCUUUCUUCCUAUUACUGUUGUUUCUUCACUUGUCUCAUUCUUCUGCUCACAUUGAAGGAGCAAGCCUUCCUCACAUGACUUCAGAUGCCAGUGAGAUAGCAGGAAAGUCCUACGACUACAUCGUGGUAGGCGGAGGCACUGCCGGCUGCCCCCUGGCUGCAACCCUCUCCGAGAAGUACUCGGUGCUCGUCGUGGAACGUGGUGGCUCGCCAUAUGGCAACCCUUGGAUAACCGAGAAGCUCUUCUACGGCUUCUCGCUGCUCCAAACCGAUGAGUUCACAUCAGUUGCUCAGGCAUUCGUGACCGAAGAUGGAGUUCAAUGCCACAGGGGAAGGGUGCUGGGAGGAUCGACGGCUAUCAAUGGAGGGUUCUACAGUAGGGCUAGUGGUGAUUUCGUGAGAAGAGUGGGUUGGGAUGAAGAGCUGGUGAAGGAAGCUUAUGAAUGGGUGGAAUCUGAAGUUGUUUCGAAACCGGAGCUGACCAUGUGGCAGGCUGUUGUCGAGUUUGGACUGCUUGAAGCUGGGAUUCUUCCUUACAAUGGGUUCACCUGGGAGCACGUUGAAGGGACGAAGAUCGGCGGGUCCACGUUCGAUGCUUGGGGGAAAAGGCAUACCUCUGCAGAUCUUCUGCAGAUGGGGAACCCAGAAAACAUCACGGUUCUGUUGAAUGCAACUGUAAAGAGCAUCAUAUUCAAUGGCAGUGGAGAUGGAAACAAGACAAUUGCUCGCGGUAUUACAUUCAUAAGUAGCAGUGGCGACGGGAACCAAACUUAUGAUUAUGAAGCUUAUCUCAACCACCAUGGCGGCGAUGUGAUAUUGUCAGCUGGAGCUUUAGGCAGCCCACAGAUCCUUCUGCUGAGCGGCAUUGGACCCGAAACCCAUCUCAGCCAACUCGGCAUCCCAGUCGUGUUGAACUCGAGCAAGGUUGGCCACGGAAUGAAAGACAACCCUGGAAUCGCACUCCUGGUCGACUCCAAACCAGAAAGCCGAUUCCCUGACGCACCACAAGUUGCUGGGAUAACAAAAGGAUUCGAAUUCAUAGUCGAAGGCGGCAUCUUGCCAGUGAGCUUCAACACAACAAGGAUCCCCGUAGCAGUGAAGCUAGCAUUCCCAGAAUCCAAAGGCAAGCUGGAACUGAACACCACAGACCCGAGAAGAAACCCUGUGGUGUCAUUCAAUUACCUGAAGAAGGACAGAGACAUGGAUCAAUGUGUGAAGAUGGCUCAGUUGCUGAAAAGGGUUGCUGGGUCGCCUUCUGUGGCGAUUUUCCUUGGCUACGUACCUCAGAACAAGAACUUCUUCUUGUCGAGUUCUGAUGAAGAGAUGAGAGAGUUCUGCAGGAAGAAUGUGAGGACCUUUUACCAUUACCAUGGCGGGUGUGGUGUUGGAUCGGUUGUUGAUGAAGAUUACAGAGUGUAUGGAGUUGAUGGCUUGAGAGUUGUAGACGGGUCGACAUUUCUGGAGUCGCCUGGGACUAAUCCCAUGGCUACUCUCUUGAUGCUUGGUAGAUAUCAGGGGGUCGAGAUUCUCAGAGAGAGGGGAGAGGUAUCGUACUGAAAUUCUAAUAUGAUCAAUGUGUGUUUCAGCUCAAUUUCAUGAAUAACCCAACUGUCAAUCCAGUAUAUAUAUCCAUAGAAAGAGAAGAAUUAAGAAGAAACAAAAGAAGCCUGAAAAC